AAUAAAUUAUAACUGAUCGUAAACAAAAUAGCAUAGUAACCAAAUAACUGUGUAAAAAACCAUAACAUAUGUUAAAUUCAUUAUUUUCUAAUAGAUAUAGACUGACGACACACCAGCGGAAAAAUGGAGAAGAAACUUCACCCAUGCGUUGUCUGCGACAAGUCGUACUCUGAUAAGGCCCGUUUGACAAGACACAAGCGAAUGCACACUGGAGAAAAACCGUUCGCGUGUAAUGUAUGCGAAAAGUCGUUUUCUGAAAGUGGCAGUUUGACCACACAUCGGCGCACACACACUGGAGAAAAACCGUACGCGUGUGAUGUAUGUGACAUGUCGUUCAGUCAAAGUAGCAAUUUGAACACACAUCGACGCUUACACAAUGGAGAAAAACCGUACGCGUGCGAUGGAUGCGACAUGUCGUUUAGUCAAAGAAUCGCUUUGACAACACAUCGACGCAGGCACACUGGAGAAAAACCGUACGCGUGCGAUGUAUGUGAAAAAUCGUUCAGUCAAAGAAUCUCUUUGACAAGACAUCGACGCACGCACACAAAAAAAAAACCAUUCGAGUGCAAUGUAUGUGAUAAGUCGUUCUGUGAAAGUGGUAGUUUGAUAAGACACAAACGUAUGGCACAUGGCGCAGUGAUCGGAAUUAUCAAAGAUCUAUGAUCCAAUGACCGUAUUAAAAUAAGAUAAAUCUUGAUAACA